GCGUAAGUCAAGUGCACUUUCGAUAAUGAUUGCACUUCACGUGAUAUUAAUGUUUGUAUAAUAAGGGUAUGGACUUAUAAGAAGGAACACCAACAGUGAAGGUUUGAAAACAUGGGACAAGGCAGCAAAUUUCUGCUGCUAUUAUGGAAAAAUUAUCUUAUUCAAAAGAGAAAGAUCUUUACUACCAUUCUGGAAAUUGCCCUGCCCACAUUUUUUGGUCUGAUCCUGGUUUUGAUCCGACUAAGAGUUACCGGACAACAGGUGACCAAUGGGAUGAACUGGUCAGCCUGUUCUGACCUGUCCAGUAUGCCUUCCAGCUACUCCUACCCCAGAAAACUAGCCUUUACACCGGACACACCCCUCACUCAAUCUGUUAUGAGGAAAAUUAACAACAACAUGGCCUUUUUUAAUGAGAUCCAACCAUUUGAGACUGAAGAUGAAAUGGUCAAUUUCCUGAUUUUUGCCAACAAAACGGUGAACAACACUGCUCAUUAUUUAGGAGGAAUUGUAUUUGACAGCGAAUUCAAGGAAAACCAGUUUACAGAUCAGAUAUUAUACAAAAUCCGCCUAAGCUCUUUUCCCAGACACGGCCGGGGAACCAGCAACUUAAACCCAGCUAAACAAGACAAGGAGUGGUUCACUGAAUUCAUGUUUCCACUCUACCAGGUUAUUGGGCCCAGAGACAAUGGUUCCAUUUGUGGGUCAGUCCCAGGUUACUACAAGGAAGGAUUUCUAGCCCUACAAACCAACAUAAACAAAGCAAUAUACGAGACGGUGAUCGGUAAUGAUACGUCAGGACAACAGAGACUGUCGGAGUUUACCGGGGGUGACAACAUAAAGCUACGGCGACACCCCUACCCUCCCUACAAUGACGACAAAUUUGUCCUGGUGAUUCAGCAGCAGUUCCCCUUAAUCCUCAUCCUCAGCUUCGUCCUGGUGGCCCUCAAUGUUGUCAAAGAUGUGGUCCACGAAAAGGAAAGAAAACUUAAGGAGUCCAUGAAAAUGAUGGGUCUGAACAGUUGGUUACACUGGGCCGCCUGGUUUGCUAAGUAUUUCAUUUUUCUGUUGAUUACCUCAGCCAUUAUGACCAUUUUCUUAACAAUGAACACAGCAGAGGGGCGUGUCAUAGGAAAGACCAAUCCAAUCAUCAUCUUACUGUUCCUGAUUUGUUUCUCCAUGGCAACCAUUGCUUUCUGUUUUCUUGUCAGCUCUUUCUUUUCCAAAGCAAAUUCAGGCGCAGCUGCCGGGGGCAUCAUAUUUUUCCUGAGUUACAUCCCUUACUUAUUUAUACAGCAGAGGUACGCCACACUGUCCUGGGGGGCCAAGAUGGCCUCCUCCCUGGUGUCCAACAUCGCCAUGUCAUACGGAGGUCAGGUCAUUGGAAUGUUUGAAGGCACAGGCGCUGGUAUCCAAUGGUCCACUCUUGACCAAGGAGUUUCAGUGGACGAUGACUUUGCCAUGCUCCACAUUAUGAUCAUGCUUUUGGUAGACACUGUACUGUAUAUGAUGCUGACGGUAUAUAUAGAAGGGGUGUUUCCUGGGGAAUACGGUGCUCCACUCAAAUGGUACUUCCCAUUCACAAAAUCCUACUGGUGUGGAACCACAGCCUCGGAUGAUGUUCCAGACGACAAGAGAAUCAGCAUUGGUCAGAAUCCAGAUUUCUUUGAGGCUGAUCCAGUUGGAAUCCGUGCUGGAAUCCAGAUCCGAAAUCUCAGAAAGGUUUUUGGCAAAAAAGAGAACUGCAAGGUUGCUGUUGCCGGAAUGUCAUUGGAUUUGUAUGAGGGGCAGAUAACUGCGCUUCUAGGUCACAAUGGGGCAGGAAAGACGACCACUAUGUCAAUGUUAACAGGAUUCCUGCCCCCUACCAGUGGUACUGCAAUUGUGAAUGGUUAUGACAUCCGAGAGGACAUAACCAGCGUGAGGAGCAGUCUAGGACUCUGUCCUCAACACGAUGUCCUCUUUGACACGAUGACCGUUGAGGAACAUCUUGUCUUCUUUGCUAAGUUGAAGGGCUGUCCAUCCAACAAGGUUAAACAGGAAGUGGAGGACAUGUUGUCGGCCAUUAAUCUUACCAACAAGAGGAACGCUCAGAGUAAAACUCUGUCUGGUGGCAUGAAGCGCAAACUUUCUGUAGGGAUUGCACUGAUAGCUGGAUCUAAGAUUGUGAUUCUGGAUGAGCCUUCGUCCGGAUUAGAUCCGGAUGCCAGACGUCAGAUUUGGACGGUCCUCCAGAAGAACAGAGCGGGACGUACAAUGUUACUGACCACUCACUUUAUGGACGAGGCUGAUCUCCUCGGAGACAGGAUCGCUAUCAUGGCAGAUGGAAUUCUGAAAUGUUGUGGAAGCUCACUGUUUCUUAAGAACAAAUAUGGUGCUGGUUAUCACAUGAUCAUUGUCAAAGAGCCCCACUGUAACGUAGAACAGGUAUCAGCUCUAGUUAAGAAGUACGUACACAAUGCAGAACAAACCAGUAACAUUGGAGCAGAGCUAUCCUUCAGACUGCCCCACGAGAGUACAGGGAAUUUCCAGGCUUUGUUUGAUGAUCUAGAGACACAUAAACAGGAGUUUGGGAUUUCUAGUUAUGGGGCCUCAGUCACUACAAUGGAAGAAGUCUUUAUCAGAGUUGGAGAAGGUUCUCACAAUACCCUGGACAGUAAAACCCCCCACCAUGUACACGAGAACAUCAGUCUGGAUCUGACUGUCAAUGGAGGAGCACCUGAACUAAUUACAGAUAUCUCAGCUGAUUUUGAGCACAAUAAGGACACAAAGCUUCAGUUCCAGCAGUUCUAUGGAAUGUUUGUCAAAAGGGCCCUGCACACACUCAGAAACAAGCUUGUCUCAGCCACCCAGAUUCUUAUUCCUCUUUUCUACACAAUCAUGGCUCUCAUUGUCGUCAAAACAUUCCCAGGACCCCAUGAUUCUAAGGCCCUCACCUUAGCGGUGGAAAAGUAUGGAGAAAAUACUAUUGUUUAUGGUGACAAUGGAUUUGGAAACCAGUCUACGAUUGGCCAGUUCUAUGCCAAUCAAUUUCAAAGCAGUAAAGAUCAUGUGACUUAUGUCAACAGUGAAGAGGGAAAUGUAAAUAAUUCAGAUAUAAAUAAUUAUUUGUUCCAGAAAGGCAUCGACAGCCUUGGACUUUAUAAUCUGGAGUAUGCAGUCGGAGCAGACUUUAUCAAAGAUAGUAAUUCAGUUUCAGCCAUUGCCUACUUCAACAACCAGGGUUACCAUGCUCCAGCCAUUUCCCUAGCAACACUAGCAAAUGCACUCCUGCAGUAUGUAACAAACAACUCACAGUCUACCUUGACCACUGUAAACCAUCCCUUGCCCAGGACAGAGGAACAAAAAAUUCGAGAAGAGACCGAGGGGAGUACCACAGGGUUCACCAUUGCCUUUAAUUUUGUGUUCGGGAUGGCUUUCCUGUCCAGCAGUUUUGUUUUGUUCCUGAUCAAGGAGAGAGCCACCAAAGCCAAACACAUUCAGUUUGUCAGUGGUGUCCAGCCCUUCACGUUCUGGGUCUCCACCUUCUGCUGGGAUAUGAUCAACUACAUGAUCCCAUGCUGCAUACUGCUGUUUGUGCUCUGGGCUUUUGGAAUUGAGGCCUACUACAUUGAUGCUCAUGCUGCACACAUUCUGCUGCUGAUGUUCCUGCAUGGCUGGGCCAUGCUGCCUUUUAUGUACCUUCUGUCUUUCAUUUUUACAGUGCCAUCUAGUGGGUUUGUCUGGUUGACCAUGUUCAAUAUCUUGGCUGGUGAUGCCACAGUGUUAGCUGUAGGGAUCUUGGGGAUCCCCCAGCUUGGCCUCAAGGAUUUAUCUAACGUCCUGGAGUGGAUAUUUUUAGUUUUCCUACCAAACUUCUGUCUGGGACAAGGUUUAAUGGACUACUACUCUAACUGGGAAUUCCUGGAUAGCUGUCAGGAAUUCAAACUGCUCUGUCCUUAUCUUCCUAAUCCUUGCUGUGGACCAAUCAAUGGGCAGUGUGGAGAGCUAGGGUGUGUGUACUAUAACCGGGAUUACCUGGGAUGGGAGAAGAACGGAAUCGGCAGAAUGUUAGUUUUCUUGUCAAUACAGGGAGUGAUGUACUUCACCAUCCUGCUCUUUGUCGAAUCAAAUCUGUUCAAGACAAUCAUUUACUCCCUCAAGUCAAGCAAGGCUGAGGAUAGCUCGGACAUUUCAUAUUCUGAGACGACCCCUCUACUGGAAGGAGAACGAAGGUUUUUAGCACAUCAGCCAAGACAAGUUCGAAGAUCAAUGAUUCAGGAAGAUUCCGAUGUAGCAGAUGAAAGAGAGAGGCUGGCUAAGUCACAUUUACUGACCGAUUCCUUGAUUCUGAAGGAGGUGACUAAAUCCUAUGGAAGCCAUGUUGCUGUCAAUCAUAUCAGUGUAGGAAUACCACAAGGGGAGUGCUUCGGUCUGUUAGGAGUGAAUGGAGCUGGGAAAACUACUACAUUUAAGACUUUGACUGGAGAUGAGAUCAUGACAUCAGGAGAAGCCUAUCUUAAUGGUCACAAUGUCAAGUCGGAACUUGCAAUGGUACGACAAAACUUAGGUUACUGUCCACAGUAUGAUGCCCUUAUUGACCAGAUGACGGGUAGAGAGACAUUGUUUAUGUUUGCCAGACUCCGGGGGGUCAGGGAGGAGAAGAUACCAGCCAUUGUGGAGGGACUCAUGUCAGCCCUGCUGUUCCAAGAACAUGCUGAUAAAAUGGUCAAGGCUUACAGUGGAGGAAACAAGAGGAAGUUAAGUACUGCAUUGGCUCUAGUGGGGAAUCCCCAGGUGAUAUUUUUAGAUGAACCCACAACUGGCAUGGACCCUGUUGCUAGACGAUACCUGUGGAAUGCAUUAAUAAAAGUCAGGGAUUCUGGCAGAACAUUGAUUCUUACAUCCCAUAGUAUGGAGGAAUGUGAGGCCUUGUGCACCAGGUUAGCCAUCAUGGUCAACGGAGAAUUCCGAUGUUUGGGAAGCACCCAGUAUCUAAAGAACAAAUUUGGGGAGGGAUACACCUUACUGGCUCGCAUUGCGUUCACAGAAUCAGGGGACGCCCCAGAUCUCCAGCCAUUCAUGAACUUUGUGGAACGUAAAUUCCCAGGAAGUGAACUGAAAGACAUGCAUCAAGGCAUGGUGAAUUACCAUAUAACCAGAAAUUCAGGUCUCACUCUUGGGGCAAUUUUUGGAAUUUUAGAGAGUUCCAAAUCGGAAUUCCAUAUAGAAGAUUAUUCUGUUAGCCAAACCACCUUAGAACAAGUUUUUAUUAAUUUUGCCCGCUCUCAGGUUCCGCCAAGGGAGGUAACUCAUGGCUGCUGUAAUGGUUUGUGUUCCUGCUUCUGCCGCAAAACUCAUACACAUGACGAGUAAUUUAAGAAAAAAAAUUAAAUGAAAAGAUACAUUUUACUCUUACAAAAUCUACAAUAUUUUAAAAGACAUAUCAUUUUUUUUAAACAUUCCAUUUUUAUUCUUCUUUGUUCUCUUAUAGUGCAAUAUUUGUUGGAAAUAAUAUUUUAUGUUGGAUAUGUACUGUUUUUUUCCCUUGUUGCUUAUUAAAUAGGUACAUGUAUUAUUAUUUAAUGAUUACUGUCUACAAACUUACAAAGUAAAAGUUUCUUUUAAUUUUUUGUUAUAUAUCCUCAAAUUAUCAUCUAUAUGAUAAGGAAUAUUACAAAUGUAUACCAGAUUACAAGUAUAUGGUAAGAUUUAUCAACCUUUUUAAAAUAUAAAAUACUCCUAAUGAUUUACUCCCACUGAAUGGAGAAAAUUCAUGUACAUGUUGUACUUACCUUCAAACGUAUUUUAGAAAAGAUGAAAGAAAGUUUGUGAAAACAGUUUAAUGCAAAUUUUAUAUUUUAAAGAUUUUUAUCAAUGUUAAAAUAAUAUACAAAUUAUAUUUUAAUAAUAUUCAUAUGUUUGUAUCAGGUAUGUUCAAAACGACACUCCCAAACAUGAUUUUUAUCCUCAGGAAUACAUAAAUUAUACAUGUACAGGGUUCUACAUAUUAUAUUUAUGUAUGCAGUAAGUGAUAGCUGGACCAUGAUUUUGAGAUUUGUCCAUUGAUCAAUUUCAUUGCAAAUGUCAAGAUUCUUAAAAUUUUGCAUUUCAAUACAAGUAUUAGAUUUAUAAAGACUAAAUAAUAUCGACUGGAAUAUUUAUUUGUUUGUGAAAAUAAAAAUUUGACAUAUAUUGCAGAUUUCAAAUUAUUUUUUCCCCGUUGUUGACAAACUUUUUGUUGAACUUAACUUUUUUAUGAACUAUGAACUAGAACCUAGAGUGUUGACAAAUGACAAUUAAUAAAUGGACUGUGAUUUACACUGUGAUAUGAUGAAAAAAUAAAGUUAACUUUAUGUA